AUGGCAUCUUUCGCUGGUGGUGGACGUGUGGAUAGUGGUACUUCGUUAGAAAAAUGGAUCACUGAAAACAAAGCUCAGUGUCCCCACUGCAGGCGGACACUGUAUACGCAUGCUCUCAUUAACUGCAGAUGGGCUGAUGAUGUUAUCCAGCAGUUAGACCGUUUAAAGAAUAAUGAUGACAAUCUGGCAAUCAAAGCUCCAGAUUCCAAUGCAGAUCUGUGCGAGUCUCACAACGAACGAUUGACUGUUUACUGUGCCACCUGUGAUCGUGUUAUCUGUCAUCGCUGUGCUCUCUUUGACGGUCGCCAUGGCCAGCACUCUUUCCGCCCCUUGGAUGAGGUAUAUCAAGAACACGUGGAUGCUAUUAGACGUGAAAUGGUCAAGCUUAAGAACCGGCGCAAUGAGGUCCAGCGCCUUAUCGAAGACGUGGGCGACAACAUCCUGAUACUUAACGCAAGGAAGGAGAGCCGUGUUGAAGAGAUCAAAAAAAUUGUUGAAUCAAUCAUCUUUCGUCUAGAAUCGCGCCAUACUUCCAAGUUGUCCACUCUGACUGCUCAACGCAAUCACCUGACGCAGGAGACGGAGUUACUGAACUCCCUGCUGAACGAGGUUGAAGCCCAACUGAACUCGACGUCUCCUGCAAAUCUCAUUUUUCGGUCUCCUGCUCUUUCGGCAAUGUUUGCUGAAGUUCAUAAAACUCCCAUGCCUUCCGUCAACUGUGACUAUAGCCCUUAUGACUUCGCAAGCGAACUCGUACCACCAUAUGCGACAGGUGAGUUUGUAAUCCACGGAUUUAGCCGCGUGCGACAGCGAGCUGAGCCCAUUUACAGCCCUCCGUUGGAGUGUGGAGCUUUGAAAUGGCGACUCAAAGUAUACCCCAACGGUAACGGCAUCGUCCGUGGUCAAUAUCUAUCUGUCUUUCUCGAAAUGACCUCUGGUAGAAGAGAACCGUCGAAGUACGAAUAUUACAUUCAGUUAAUCCAUCAGGGUCCCCCACAAGACAGCGCAAAGUGCAUCGCACGUGAAUUUGCAUCUGACUUUGCCGUUGGUGAAUGCUGGGGUUACAACCGCUUUAUCCGCCUAGAUCUUCUUGAUAGCGAAGGCUACAUCUCCUCCAUAGAAGACUGCCUGUGCUUCAACUAUAUGGUUCGUCCUCAGACCUAUCAGCAACAAUGCCGUGACUAUUUGUGGCAUAUUACACAGCUGGAAGAUCAGAAGGAGAAAUUGCAGGAACACGUACGGAGACUGGACACCCAGCUGCGUAGACAAAGGUGCUUUUCCGCAUCCACUUUUACUAAUGCCGUGCCGAACGAACAAUCAGCAUCGCUUUUACUAGGGGAUUCUCAAGGCCUCAGCAUUGUAGGUGAAGGUGACUGUGGCGAUGCUCUUCAUUCUUCUGUCGCCUCGGAGCGUUGUCGUGCUCCUACUCCCGCCUCAGCCGUCGCCCACCCCGCCACGCCCUCGGAAAUCAGUGAGAAGGAAAUAAGCGAAGAAGAAAGUGCUGCUUCGACUUCUGCGCCGCUCAGUGCUCAUGAGGGUGCAGCACACGAGGCAGAACCUCAUGUGGAAAGCGAUGGAGUUAAUGAAUUUGAUAGCGACACUGAUGUUGAUAGUGAAGGCUGUGAGAGCGAUGUGGGAGCCUUUGUGCUCGAUUUGUCGGAUGAGGUUCGCUCCCAGGAAGAGGAGGAGGACGAAGCAGCCGACGUGAUGCCAAUGGAUGAGGGAGAGAGGCCUGAACCUCUCGCAGUUGCGAAUCUGGAGCAUCAACGAAGGGAUCAGGAUUCUGCCGAGAAUGGUGCGGAUCAUUCGCUUGGCGCACACUCCACCGUAGUGGACACCGAUUUUGUCACAGUGCCACAGAGCAACGUUAGCAACAACUUUGGCGAAGGCACUGACAACCAUUCGCCUGUGCGCUACAAUAUGAGGCAACUCUUCUACUACUACCUGAAGAUCGCGCCACACUGCAUUUCCAGUGGGAGUAGCACGAGCAUUUCAUCCAUGCGAGCAGCUGAAUGUACGGAACAGCUUCUCCAAAGUAUAUCGGCUAGAUUAUCUGCAGUUGAGCAGGACAAUGUGGGAGAUGGAAGAGGAACGAACACUGAGGCGGUGCAGCUAGGCAUUAACCGUACUGAGGAUGAAUACCGACCUGAGGUUCUCUACGGUCUUCUGCAAAACCUUCAGAAACUUAAACUAUUAAGGUCUAAUAAUGAUUUCUUCUCUAAUACCGACGUCGACAAGGAUACUGCGUUUCUCGACUUAUUUGGUGACGUCUCCCCAAGGCAACGUCCCGAUGGUGAAGAUGACGAUCGGACGCUGGCCGACGGCGAUAGUCAGUCAUGGGGACAGAGACCUGUCUCAUCCUUGAGGCUAGCAGGGUCCACAGUUACGCCUUGUUCAACUAGUGGCAGCCAAGCUCAACUAGAGACUGAUCUGCUUUUAUCUGAUUCGCUGCCGUCCAACCAUGGUCCAUUUGCGGGUUGUCCAAAUUCAAUGCACCUCUCCGUAUCCCCACCGUCUACUUCUCUCUUCGUGGGUGCAUGCGUAAAUCUGGAUAUUAUCCGCAAACGGGUUCGUGAAAUUCACUGUGGGUCUGCCACUCAUGCCUCCUUUACGGCUGAUCCCACAUCGAACCAGUCUAGUGGAGCGGGAGGCAGAGGUCAGCGACCGUCAAUUUCUGCUGGUGAUACCAUACGUACGGACGUGGGCACGGGGUUCCGUGGUGACAGCCUUAAAACGCAACGUGCAGAGUAA